AUGGAGAACGUUUCCAUGUUCACGGUGACUGAUUUCAUCGAGCAGGGGGCGAACCCGGCCAGCACGUUUGCACCUUCCCCGCGAGAGGCCCCGGAGAGCGACCGAGGAGAGGCCUACGAAGUCGUCCGCCUCUGGCCUGUGGAUGGCGGCCUCUGGGGCCCAGCGAGCAGUGUCCACUCCAAGAAUCACCCAGAAGUGCUGAAUUUUCGAAUACAGCUGGAAAGCAAAGAAUUGAUCAUAAACCUGGAAAGAAACGAGUAACUCAUCACUUCAUUUUUUACAGCUUCUCUAUUUGUUCAAAAAGGAACAGAGAGGUCAGUGACUCGCAAUUAUAAGGGUCACUGCUACUACCACGGGCAUGUGCAAGGAUACGUGGGCUCCGUGGUCAGCCUCAGCGCGUGUUCUGGCCUCAGGGGACUUGUCAUGUUUGAGAAUAAAACCUACGUCCUGGAGCCGGUGACGGAGCCAGCCGGCGCCUACAAGCUGGCCCCGGCGGAGAGCCUGGGGGGCCUCUGGGGGGCCUGCGGGGCCCUCCACGGCUCCUGGGGCGCAGCUGCAGGCCAGCACCCACCACCCUCCCAGACGCGGGCAAGAAGGCAAAAAAGAGAGACGCUCAAGCUGACCAAGUACGUGGAGCUGGUUAUCGUGGCAGACAACCGCGAGUUUCAGAGGCAAGGAAAAGAUCUGGAGAAAGUUAAGCAGCGACUGAUAGAGAUCGCUAAUCACGUUGAUAAGUUUUACAGACCGCUGAACAUCCGCAUCGUGCUGGUUGGCGUGGAGGUGUGGAAUGACGUGGACAGGUGCGCCAUCAGCCAGGACCCGUUCACCAGCCUCCACGAGUUUCUGGACUGGAGGAAGAUGAAGCUUCUACCUCGAAAGUCGCAUGACAAUGCCCAGCUGAUCAGCGGCGUGCAUUUCCAGGGGACCACCAUCGGCAUGGCACCCAUCAUGAGCAUGUGCACCGCCGAGCAGUCGGGGGGCAUCGUCAUGGAGUGCUCCAACCCGUGCUGCAACGCCUCCAGCUGCACCCUGAAGCCCGAGGCUGUGUGCGCCCACGGGCUGUGCUGUGAAGACUGCAGGCUGAAGCCCGCCGGGACCGCCUGCCGCCGCCCCAGCAACGCCUGUGACCUGCCGGAGUUCUGCACGGGGGCCAGUCCCCACUGCCCGGCCAACGUGUACCUGCACGACGGCCACGCGUGCCAGGGCCUGGACGGCUACUGCUACAACGGCGUCUGCCAGACCCACGAGCAGCAGUGCGUCACGCUCUGGGGCCCAGGCGCUAAACCGGCCCCGGGGAUCUGCUUCGAGAGGGUCAACUCCGCCGGGGACCCCUACGGCAACUGCGGGAAGGACUCCACGGGCUCCUUCGCCAAGUGCGAGGCCAGGGACGCUCAGUGUGGAAAAAUCCAGUGUCAAGGAGGUGCCAGCCGGCCUGUCAUUGGCACCAACGCAGUUUCCAUAGAAACGAACAUCCCGCUGCAGGAAGGUGGCCGCAUCCUCUGCCGGGGGACCCACGUGUACCUGGGCGAUGACCUGCCGGACCCCGGGCUGGUGCUCGCAGGCACCAAGUGUGCCGAGGGGAAGAUCUGCCUGAACCGCCGCUGUCAGAACAUCAGCGUCUUCGGGGUUCUGGAGUGCGCCGGGCAGUGUGGCGGCAGAGGGGUCUGCAACAACAGGAAUCACUGCCACUGUGAGGCCCGCUGGGCGCCGCCCUUCUGCGACCGGGCUGGCUUUGGGGGCAGCACGGACAGCGGCCCCAGCCGGCAAGCAGAUAACCGAGGGCUGACUAUCGGAAUUCUGCUGACCGUCCUGUGCCUUGUCGCUGCUGGACUUGUGGUUUACCUCAAGAGGAAGACCUUACUACGGCUGCUGUUCACACAUAAGAAGACCACCAUCGAGAAGCUGAGGUGUGUGCGGCCGCCCCGGCCAUCCGGAGCCCCCCAGCCCGGUCAGGCUCACCUCGCCCCCCUCGGCCAAGGCCUAACGCGAAAGCCGCCGCAUUCCAGCGCAGCAAAGGACCAUCCCAGGAGGCUCCCGCAGGGUCAGAACGUGGACAUCAGUGGGCCCCUCACCGCCCCUGACCUCCCUGCGCCCAGCUCGCCUCAGCGCGUGCUCCUGCCCCUGCCGCACGCCCCGCGCGCUCCCAGCGUCCCCGCCAGGCCCCUUCCGGCCAACCCCGCCCUUCGGCAAGCCCAGGGAACUCGCAAGCCAAACCCUCCUCAGAAGCCUCUGCCGGCAGACCCUCUGGGCAAGGCGGCCCGGCCGGCCAGCACCGCAGCCAGGACCCCGGGCCGGCCCGAGCCCGGCCUCCCCCCGGCGCCCAGCAGGCCCGCCCCGAGACAGCCGCCGCCCCGGCCCGCCCACGCCACGGCCUGA